GGUCAAGCAGAACUAGCCUGGAAGAAGACCAUGGCCAGAUACAGCCACCAGAGCCUCCUGGACUGGCUCUACGGGGGCGUGGACCCCAGCUUUGAAGGCAACGGGGGCCCCGACUGCGCUGCGUUCCUUUCGUGGAAGCAGCGGCUGCUGGAGAGCGGGGCCUUCCUGGCCCUGGCCGUGCUGGAGAUCCUAGUGGCUCUGUGGCAUCUCCUGUGGAAGCCGAAGGAGGACAGGGGAGGUCGAGGGGCGGGCCCCCGGCCCCCGCCGCCGCCACCGCCGGCCAGGGAGAGCCUCUUCAAGAACCUGCUCCUCGUGGCCCUGUGCCUGACCUUCGGCGUGGAAGUGGGCUUCAAGUUCGCCACCAAGACCGUCAUCUAUCUGCUCAACCCCUGCCACCUGGUCACCAUGAUGCACAUCUUCCUCCUGGCCUGUCCUCCCUGCCCGGGUGUUGUGGUCAUCUUCAGGCUACAAAUGCACAUGUUGAAUGGGGCGCUACUUGCAUUGCUUUUUCCCGUGGUGAACACUCGCCUGCUGCCCUUGGAGUUGGAAGUUUACUAUGUUCAACACAUCAUGCUCUAUGUGGUACCUGUGUAUCUGCUGUGGAAAGGAGGCGUUUACACCCCCGAGCCGCUUUCCAACUUUUGGUGGGCUCUCCUGGCGACCGGUCUAAUGUUCUUCUAUCACUUCAGCAUCCUGCAGUUCCUGGGCCUGGCCACCGAAGUGAACCUGAACAACAUGCUGUGUCCGGCCGUUUCCGAUCCGUUCUACGGUCCCUGGUACCGGAUCUGGGCUUCGGGUCACCAGACCCUCAUGACUAUGACCCACGGCAAGCUGAUCAUUCUGCUGGCCUCCACUGCCAGGCCCAUGUUCAAGUACCUGGUGGAUUUGCUCCGCCUUCCGACCAAGAAGAUCGACUGAAGCUUGCUCUCCAGCCCCGGAGAACGCUCCUUUCUUGACGCCGUCAGGAAGGGAAGAUUGUGUGUGUCGUGUUUCUUUCUCUUUCCGUCCCCUCGCUCUCUCCCACGGCUCAGGCUGCCUGAGCCUAACGCCGGGACUCCUGGGCCAUUUCUCUCCCACCCCCACCCCCGUCCUGGUGGCCUUAGCUGGGGAGGCGGCAGCUGAUCUCUCUUCUCUCCAUGCAGGUGCUUUAGUGACAGCUCUUUGAGAAAGGAAGGUGCUACAGCAGCAAAACCACGAGAACUUGUUUCCACUGCCAGGGACACCGGGCCCGUCCUAUUGUCAGCACAGCCCCCGCGCUGGGAUCAUACCUCAUUUCAGUACCAGCAGUGAGCCCGAGCUGGGGGGUGGGGGGUCGAGUUCCCUAAAUCACGGCCAAAGUGGGCUCUGGGCCAGCCCGGGGCCACCUAUUCCGAGUUCAAAAUUUCUGUU